UGUAUUGAGUCAUUCGUUGAGGUUUAUUGACAGGUUCAUCAGUCCCCUUUGCUUUUGUAUUAUGGGUCAUGAGAGAGCUGCCAGCCCCACCCACAGUUAGUAGGCAAGUACAGUCAAGAACAAUAACUUUUAUCAGUUAUGGGGCAGCAGGAAUGCAGCAUCAUCAAUACUGGGCUACCGCUACAAGUUCAAAGAAUCAGGUGUCGAGAGCAAGUCCAAUUUAAUGACUCAGGAAUUGGUGCAUUACAAAUUCGAAUAACCAUGGUUCGACAUCAGAUGAUUGUAUAUAGGUGCUAUAGAACUGGUAUAGGAGUAAAAGAGACCUGCUUGUAGGAUCUCUGAUUCUUAAGCAUUAUUUUGUAAAUACAUCCUGAGGUUUUGGCAGAGGCAGUUAUGUUGAGAAACUCCAAUGAAAUAAUUAAGCAAGAAAUGUUAAGAAAGUAGAACAGACGGGGCCCCCAUCGUUUGUUUUUAGAUAAUGGAGCAAGAAGCUACUUAAAGUUCAGUUCAGCCUUUAACCCUCGGACAAGUUACCCACUGUCCCCACCAACGUAAUUGAGCGGGAAGAAGAACAGCAAGCCUCCAAAAGAAAGGAUGAAAGAGAAGAACAGAAAAGUAGUUCUUCUUCUCCCUCCAAAUCCCAAAGCACCAAAAACAAUAAGAACAACUAGAAAAGGCAAAGGCUUCUUCAAGGCAUUUUCUUCCGUGAUUUGCUCUUUCAGAAUCUCUCUAUGGUAAAGCAAAAAAGAAACCAAACCCAAUCCACACUCUGAAAAAUUCUAUUCAAUUCCCUUGUAUUUUUAUACGCUAGUAUACCAAGAUGAUCAUCACUCUCCAUUGCUCCAAAACCACUCCACAACCAUGGCCAGUAUCAGCGGCACGAAGAAGCCGCCGCCUCCGCCAUUUGCAAGGUUGCGGUGGGGUCAAGAACGGAAGAAUGAAGAUUAUAACAUUCUUCCAUUUGAUGAAUCACCGAUCAUGAAGCUUCCCGAGAUUGAGGUUGCGGUUGAAUUUGUAAGUAAAACGGAGAAUCUCCCAAGAAUUGAAGGUGUUGUCGAAAAAGACAUAUUUCAUUGGCUUUCUUCUGUUUUUGGAUUUCAGAGAGGGAACGCAUUGAAUCAGAGGGAGCACUUAGUAUUGCUACUGGCCAGUAUUUAUACAAGGAAGAAGGAUCUUAGAGGUUAUGAUCAGGAUGUGGCAAUUACAAGGACCAUAGAGCAAUUGAAAGAUGAUAUUUUCAGCAAUUAUCAAUUAUGGUGUAACUAUAUGCAUCUUCCAUCACAUAUUAGGAAUCAUGAGGGGUACACGGAACAGCAGCUACAUGUCAUCCACAUUGCACUUUAUCUUCUUAUAUGGGGUGAAGCUUCAAAUAUUAGAUUCAUGCCUGAAUGCAUUUGCUACAUCUUCCAUAAAAUGGCAAAUGAUGUUCAUCAAGUUUUGUCUAGCAUCGACACAGAUCGAAAACCAGCUGACAACUUUUUAAGAACUGUUAUAACUCCUAUUUACCAUAUCCUCUCUGAGGAAGCUGAUAAAAAUAAAGAAGGCAGGGCAAGCCAUUCUCUAUGGAGCAACUAUGAUGAUCUAAAUGAGUGCUUUUGGUCUGAAAGGUGUUCUUCUGAGCUACAUAAGCAAAAAGAAGGGAUGCCAUUGCCACCUUCAGAUAAGAUUCUGAGCCAAUUUAUUGUUGGAAACCGAUGCAUUAUUAGUAGCAGGAAGCAGAAAAUUAAUUUUGUUGAGGUCCGAACAUUUUGGCAGCUUUAUAGAAGUUUCGAUCGAAUGUGGAUAUUCUUCAUAAUGGCUUUGCAGGCUAUGAUAAUUGUUGCAUGGACACAUUCUGGAUCUAAUUUUGCUAAUAAUGAAGAUGUCUUGAGAAGAGUGUUGAGCAUUUUCAUUACUUAUGCUAUUCUCAGUUUAUUGCGAGCUAUUCUGGACAUAGUUCUCAGUGUCCAUGCUUGGAGAAGCUCUGAAUUUACCCAACUACUGUGCUACUUUCUGAAAUUGGUCGUGGCAUCUUUCUGGGUGGUGGCUUUGCUGGUAGGAUAUUCCAAUUCUGUGCAGGAUCCAACAGGACUGAUGAAGUUUCUUAACCACUGGGCUGGGGAUUCGCACAAUCAGUCAUUGUAUAAUUAUCUUGUUGUACUUUAUUUGAUACCUGAUGUGCUGGCUAUUAUACUGUUCUUUCUUCCUCCUUUGCGGGAAAAAAUGGAGUUAUCAGAUUGGCCAAUAAUUAAUAUUGUUAUGUGGUGGGUUCAGCCAAAACUUUACGUUGGAAGAGGCAUGCAUGUAGGAACCUUUUCACUUCUAAAGUAUACAAUAUUUUGGAUAUUGGUGCUAAGUGUCAAGCUAGCAUUCAGUUACUAUGUGGAGAUAUUGCCACUUGUUCGACCAUCAAAGGCAAUCAUGAAGAUACAUGUAGAAGACUACCUGUUGCAUAAGUUUAUUUCCAAUGUAAAGCACAAUCUGGGAGUCAUUGUUGCAAUAUGGGCUCCAAUUGUCCUAGUCUAUUUCAUGGACGUUCAAAUAUGGUACACCAUAUUUUCUACCCUCUUGGGUGGAGCUCUAGGAGCCUUCCGACACUUGGGUGAGAUUCGAACAAUUGGGAUGUUGCAGUCCAGAUUUAAAUCUAUGCCUUCAGCUUUUGACCGCUGUUUUGUGUCACCAUCAGGACCUGUCGCAAAGACGAAAGACUGGCGUAAUUCAAAAGAACCAAAAAACAUGGCAAAGUUUUCUCAGAUGUGGAAUGAGUUCAUAUCUUCCAUGCGAAUGGAGGAUCUGAUUAGCAAUAGGGACAGAGAUUUGCUGCUUUUACCAUUUCCUUCAAGCGAUGAGUCUAUGGUUCAGUGGCCACUCUUCUUGCUAGCCAGUAAAAUUCCUGCUACCUUAAACAUGGCAAAAGAGUUUAAGGGGAAGGAUGAUUGUGAGUUAAAAAAGAUGAUUGGGAGUGAUAAAUAUAUCCGUUCAGCCAUACAAGAUUGUUAUUACACACUUGGGGAUCUUAUAUUCUGCCUUCUAGAAGAUGAAGAUGACAAGAAGUUUGUAGAGGAGAUCUAUGAUGCCAUUGCUGAAAGUUUAAGAAACAAAACUUUUUUGCAAAAUUUCAGAAUGAGUGGUAUGCCUUUGCUGGCUGUAAAGUUGGAGAAGUUCCUUAACAUCUUGAUGGCUGAUUGUACAGAUGAUAAAGAAUUCAAGGCUCAAAUAACCAUAGCCCUCCUGGAUAUCAUGGAGAGUAUCAUGCUUGAUGUUAUGAUUAAUAACACUCUCAGAGGAGAUCAGAAACGCGAUCAAGUAUCUCAGAUGUACAAUAAAAAGCAGAGAUUUAGAAAGAUAAAUAUUAGUGAUAUAAAAGGCACAAUCUGGAGUGAGAAGGUAAAUAGGCUUCAUUUGCUUCUGACUGUCAAGGAAUCUGCCACUAAUGUGCCUCUGAAUUCUGAGGCUCGUCGCCGAAUCACUUUCUUUGCAAACUCCUUGUUUAUGAACAUGCGAAUUGCACCAAAAGUUAGUAACAUGCGUUCCUUCAGUGUUUUGACUCCACAUUACAAAGAAGAUGUUCUUUACUCUGAUAAAGAACUGAAGAAAGAAAAUGAGGAUGGGAUAUCAAUUUUGUUUUACCUGAAGACGAUAUAUCCAGAUGAAUGGACCAAUUUCCUGGAGCGUAUGAAUUGCGAACCUGAUGAGGAGGAUGUUCGUAAGUGGGUGAGUUACAGAGGGCAGACACUCUCUAGAUCAGUGCGAGGGAUGAUGUACUACAAGAAGGCUCUAGAACUUCAGUGCUCCCUGGAAUACUCUAAUUCUAAUUUGAGCGAGGAGGAUGGUAUUCGAAAGCAAGCACUACCUGAUUUGAAGUUCACCUAUGUCGUUUCUUGUCAGAUAUAUGGAACUCUCAAAAAUUCAAAUGAUUCUCGUCAAAAGGAUAUUCUAAAUCUCAUGCUAUUGUACCCAUCACUGCGUGUUGCUUACAUUGAUGAAGUAGAUGAGCCUGUGAAGGAAAAAACUGGGGGAAAAACUCAGAAAGUUUAUUCCUCUGUUCUUCUCAAGGGUGAUACGAUGAAUAGCUGUGAAAGAGAAAUAUACCGUAUAAAGCUUCCUGGUCCUCCAACAAAAAUUGGUGAAGGGAAACCUGAAAAUCAAAAUCAUGCCAUUAUAUUUACUCGUGGAGAGGCCUUGCAAACUAUAGAUAUGAACCAGGACAAUUACUUUGAAGAGGCUUUUAAAAUGAGAAAUGUAUUGGAAGAGUUCCCACAUUCCCAUGGUGCACAAAAACCUACAAUAUUAGGUUUAAGGGAGCAUGUAUUUACGGGAAGUGUUUCAUCACUUGCUUGGUUUAUGUCCAAUCAAGAGACCAGCUUUGUGACUAUUGGCCAACGCUUUUUGGCAAGUCCUCUUAGGGUGCGAUUCCAUUAUGGUCAUCCUGAUAUAUUUGACAGAAUCUUCCACAUAACAAGGGGUGGCAUCAGCAAAGCCUCAAAAACUAUUAACUUAAGUGAGGACAUUUUUGCAGGGUUCAAUUCAACUCUUCGUCGGGGAUAUGUAACACACCAUGAUUAUAUCCAAGUUGGAAAAGGGCGUGAUGUGGGGAUGAAUCAGAUAUCACUUUUUGAGGCCAAAGUUGCAAAUGGAAAUGGGGAACAAACACUUAGUCGUGAUGUGCACCGUCUUGGAUGUCGGUUUGACUUCUUCAGAAUGCUAUCAUUCUACUGUACAACAGUUGGCUUCUAUUUUAACAGCAUGGUUACCAUCCUUAUUGUAUAUGUAUUCCUUUAUGGGCGUUUGUACAUGGUUAUGACUGGGCUGGAAAGAGAGAUACUAGAGAAUCCAAGCACAAAACAGAACAAGGCCCUAGAAGCAGCUUUAGUUACACAGUCUUUCAUUCAGAUGGGCAUGUUACUGGUACUGCCCAUGUUAAUGGAGAUUGGCUUGGAGAAAGGGUUCCGCACUGCUUUGGGUAAUUUUAUCAUUAUGCAGCUGCAGCUAUCUUCUGUAUUCUUUACAUUCCAGCUUGGAACAAAGGCACAUUAUUUUGGGAGAACAAUUUUGCAUGGAGGUUCGAAAUAUCGAGCUACUGGGCGUGGUUUUGUUGUUGUACAUGCUACGUUUGCUGAUAACUACAGGCUGUACUCGCGAAGUCACUUUGUAAAAGCAUUGGAACUGGGUCUUCUGCUUGUCAUAUAUGAAGUUUAUGGGGAAUCAUAUCGCAGUUCAAGUCUCUAUUUGUUCAUCACUUUCUCAAUGUGGUUUCUGGUUGGAUCCUGGUUAUUUGCUCCCUUUAUAUUUAAUCCAUCGGGUUUUGAAUGGCAAAAAACUGUAGAUGAUUGGACAGAUUGGAAGCGGUGGAUGGGGAUUCGUGGUGGGGUCGGAAUCCAGCCUGAGAAAAGUUGGGAGUCAUGGUGGGAUGGAGAACAAGAGCACCUUAGAUACACAAGUAUCAGGGGAAGGCUGCUUGAGAUUCUUCUUGCACUACGCUUUUUCAUCUACCAGUAUGGAAUAGUCUACCACCUUGAUAUAGCCCAUCACAGCAGGAGUUUUCUGGUUUAUGGACUCUCUUGGUGUGCUGUUUUAGUAAUACUUAUAGUCCCAAAGAUGGUAUCAGUGCGUAGACUGCAGAUGUUUCAUAUGGACCUCCAGCUAGCACUCAGAAUGCUCAAAGGGUUUCUUUUCCUUUUCUUCUUGGCAAUAAUAAUCCUCUUAUUCAAACUAUGCGGCCUCACAGUAUCAGAUUUAUUUGCAUCUAUCCUUGCCUUCAUGCCCACAGGAUGGGCCUUUAUUCUCAUUGGGCAAGCAUGCAGACCUUUGCUGUAUAAGCUAAUCUGGGAUGCAGUAAAGGAGCUAGCCAGAGCAUACGACUACAUAACGGGAUUGCUGCUCUUCACGCCCAUUGCCUUUUUAUCAUGGCUUCCAUCGGUAUCCGAAUUCCAAACACGCAUUCUCUUUAAUCAAGCAUUCAGCAGAGGCCUCCAUAUAUCUAUGAUUCUGGCUGGAAAGAAAGAUAGACCCUCAUCUAAUUGAUUUAUCUGGCAUCUGGUUUUUUGUUAGGACCUAUUAAGUUUCAGUGUGAUUAUUUUUGUGAUAUGCUUUUGGAGAACACACAAGCUGUGACUUUGGUGGUGUCUCCAUCUACAAUCCUUCAGCUUUUUUGUUGUCCCAGAUUGAUGUUUGCCGUCAUGGUUUCUGUGAAAAUUAACUCGGAUCUUUGAUUCUUGUUUUUAUUUAGAAUAAUCCAAUUAGUACUUAUCAAAGUAUUUAGUAUUUACCAAUCUUC